AUGACCUUCGGCGAGCUCGAUGAAACGCGCCCGAAUCGCAGCUUCUACGUGAAGAACAUCCCCGAGGAAUGGAGCGAUUGGGACGUCUUCGAGGCGUUCACCCGCUUCGGCCUCGUCCACAACGUCCACUUUCGCAAGAUGGCCGACCAGCCGAAUGGGCAGCAUGCGUUUCUCGACAUGCUCACCGACGAGGCGGCCGCCAACCUCAACAAGUCGAUCGCCGUCAGCCACAAGAUGAAGCACAACGGCGCCACGCUUAUUAUUGACCAAAAGAAGCAGCGCACCGAGCUGAUCAAGCUGCGCGAGGCCCGACUGCUCAACGCCGAGGACAACAAGGAAAACGAGGCGCCGGGCGGGUCGGCAGAGAAGAAGAAGGCCAACCCGAAUGGCCCUGCCCAGUCGACCAAGAAGAAGACCGAAGCCGCGCGAGCCGUCAAGACUCUACCCUUCCAAGACCUCAAGCUUCACCAAGAGACCGGCAUCCUGCUCGCCGAGACGCCCCGCGACCACGUCGACGUCGGCGCCGAGCUGACCUUCUUCGACGUCGGCUAUCGCGCACGCGUCGUCGCCCGCAAGCCCACCUCGCACGUCGUCUACCUGGUCGACUUCGGGAAGGAGGUUGAGGUGCAGCCCGACAACAUUUGGCUGAUUACCGACUGCCAAGCCCAUCGUCAAAGCGACUUUUUCCUGCCUGCACCACGG